GAACACAAGAAAAGACUCGGAUGGUUGGUUGUCACUCUCUGCACUAGACCCGGCUUUGCCCCAUCUGAAGUGAAAAUAUGAAUCUAAAUAACCUGGAAAAUGCUUUUUUCUACUAAUAGAUCGCAGAAGUGUACGGGGAAUCAUCACAGGGAGUCAUUUGAAGCGCAGAGAGUGCACACUGCUUUGCCUGGUCCGCCGUGCGGUAGGAGGGGUUGUAGUGACGCUGUUAUCCAAUGGGCACCGGCUUCCUCUGGACGGAGCGCAGCAUCUCUGUCUCAGCGGCACUUUUGCGCCAGACAAGUAGGGACGGUCUCUCACUCAGCACCCAAGAAGAAGAAACAGGGCUCCGGGAAUUACUGAGGUGUAUUUGGCAAAGAAGACUCAUCUCUUUCCCUUUUUUCCUAACACUCGGUUUUGCAAAGAUGAACGUUGGCUGCGUCAUCCUGGCGUGCACCUUACUUGUGGGCGCAUCCUCGGGGAGUAAGGCAGUCCAGCCCCUCAAACCCCCAUGCAGACCAGGCUUCUCCCAGAACUUCUACACAGUGAUUGUCUCGAGAGACGUACUGCACGGCCAGAGCAUUCUCAAAGAUACCACCCUGUCCAGUGAACGUGUGAAGUUUGAGGAUUGCCAGCGCAGCAGAGAGGUGGGCUUUGUCAGUAACGACCCCAACUUCAGCGUGAGGCCUGAUGGGACGGUUUAUGCUGAGCAGGAUCUGGCAAACCUGUCAGAGCCCGUCCAGUUCAUGGUGACGGCACGGGGGCUUCAUGACCCACACAUCUGGGAGACCACCGUUAAGCUCGCCCUGGCUGGACAUCCUCAUCCUUUAGCCCUGACAAAGGUUGAAGAAAUGCUGUCAAGAGUCUGGGACUCCCAACCCAGAGUUAUCAGGUUUCCUCGAAAACAUCAGAGGAGCUCCUCUGCCAAUGGGCUGAGGCGACAGAAGAGAGACUGGGUCAUCCCACCUAUCAAUGUGCCUGAAAACUCCCGAGGACCCUUCCCUCACAUGCUUGUCAGAAUCCGCUCAGAUCAGGACAAGGACGUCGGCAUCCGCUACAGCAUCACAGGAGCAGGCGCUGAUCAGCCCCCGAAUGGGAUCUACAACAUAGACCCCAUCAGUGGCAACAUGUUUGUCACCCAACCGCUGGACAGAGAGGAGAGAGCAUCCUUCCAUCUGCGAGCCCAUGCAGUAGACAUGAAUGGUAACCAAGUGGAGAAUCCAAUCGAUCUGUACAUCUAUGUGAUCGACAUGAACGACAACAGACCUGAGUUUCAGAACCAGGUGUACAACGGCUCUGUGGCUGAAGGGUCCAAACCAGGCUCGUCUGUGAUGCAGGUGACAGCCACCGACUCAGAUGACUCCACCACAGCUAACGGCAUGGUGCGCUACCGCAUCCUCUCACAGACACCCCACAGCCCCAUCCCCAACAUGUUCACCAUCAACAGCGAGACUGGAGACAUAGUUACAGUGGCAGCCGGCCUGGACAGAGAGAAAGUGUCUCAGUAUACCAUUAUUGUCCAGGCCACUGACAUGGAGGGAAACUUGAAUUUUGGCUUGUCCAACACAGCCACAGCCCUAAUCAGCAUUACCGACAUCAAUGACAAUCCCCCAGAACUGACAGUCAGAACGUUUUCAGGGGAGGUGCCAGAGAACAAGGUGAAUGUGGUGGUGACCAACCUGACUGUGGUAGACAGGGAUCAGCCCCACAGUCCCAACUGGAACGCCGUCUACCGCAUCGUCAGCGGAGACCCCUCUGGACACUUCACCAUCCGCACCAACCCCAUCACCAAUGAGGGCAUGCUGACAGUGGUCAAGCCGGUGGAUUUUGAGAUGAAUCGCGCCUUCAUGCUGACCGUGGUGGUGUCCAACCAGGCCCACCUGGCUAGCGGCAUCCAGUCCUCGCUUCAGUCCACAGCGGGAGUCACCAUUUCAGUUCAGGAUGUGAACGAGCCUCCCGUCUUCCCUGUCAACCCCAAGACAAUCCGCUUUGAGGAGGGUGUGCCAGCAGGGACCACUCUUACCGUGUUCGCUGCACAGGACCCUGACCACUUUAUCCACCAGAUUGUCAGGUACUCCAAGCUGUCAGACCCAGCUAACUGGCUGAAGAUCAACAGGACCAAUGGUCAGAUCACCACCAUGGCCCUGCUGGACCGAGAGUCCAUGUACGUCAGAAACAACGUGUACGAGGCCACAUUCCUGGCAUUCGACAAUGGUAAGUCUGGCUCGCCUCAGGCCAGCGGGACAGGAACCCUCCAGAUCUACCUGAUCGACGUGAACGACAACGCGCCAGUGCUGAUACCCAGGGAGGCCCAGGUGUGCGAACGUGCCCGCCCCAACUCCAGGAUCAACAUCACAGCCUCUGACGCUGACGCCGACCCCAACGUAGGGCCCUUUGUCUUCGAGCUGCCUUCUUUUCCUGCCAGCGUUCGCCGCAACUGGACUAUUUCCAGACUCAGCGGUGACUAUGCUCAGCUGAGGCUAAGGAUUCCUUACCUGGAGGCAGGUGUGUACGGGAUCCCCAUCAUCGUGUCCGAUUCGGGGAACCCUCCUCUGUCCAACCGCUCUGUGAUCAGAGUCAAAGUUUGUCCCUGUGACGAUAACGGGGACUGCAGCGCCACAGGGGCCGUGGCAGCCGCUGGCCUUGGCACCGGGGCCAUCAUCGCUAUACUCAUCUGCAUCAUCAUACUGCUCAGCAUGGUUCUGCUGUUCGUGGUGUGGAUGAAGCGUAGAGAGAAGGAGCGGCAGGCGAAGCCCCUGCUGAUCGAUCCUGAGGACGAUGUCAGAGACAACAUCCUCAAGUAUGAUGAGGAGGGAGGAGGAGAAGAAGACCAGGACUAUGACCUGAGCCAGCUGCAGCAGCCCGAGUCUUUAGACCACAUCAUCAAUAAGCCGGCUGGGGUGCGCAGGGUGGACGAGAGACCUGUGAUUGCUGAGUCGCAGUACCCCGUCAGACCCAGUCUGCCCCACCCUGGAGAUAUUGGAGACUUCAUUAAUGACGGUCUGAGGGCAGCAGACAACGACCCCACAGCUCCUCCCUACGACUCCCUGCUGGUGUUCGACUACGAGGGCAGCGGUUCAACCGCCGGCUCCGUCAGCUCGCUCAACUCCACCAGCUCAGGGGACCAGGACUACGACUACCUCAACGACUGGGGCCCUCGCUUCAAGAAGCUGGCCGACCUCUACGGAGGAGGGGAUGAUGACUGAGAGUGGAGCGGCGGGCUGGGUGGGGCUACGGCAGGGGUCGGGAGAGGCUGGAUCGGUUGGAUGGAGGCUCCUAGAAACCACGUUCAGGGGCCAAGAACAACAUGCAGUCUCCAUGGUAGACAUGUGAGGAACAUGGGCUGCGUUAGUUUGCUCACAGCAACUGAGCCCGCAAAAACAUGAAUUCCGCUGCAACGCAACUGUAUUCUGGCUUUAUAUUUUUUAGUGGCGAGUUUGUAGUGUGAUGUUUUUUUUUUUUUAUUUCCUUUUGCUGUUCUCUCACCACGCUGGACCCAGAGCUCUCUGGCGACAAAUCAAGGCGGUCGUGAGAGACACGAGUAGUGAAUUUGUGAUUGAUUGUUAAACCGACACCAUCUCUUGCUUUAGUCUCACACUGAAGAGAAUGUUUUUGAGAAGACGCUCUCUGACUCUCUUUCACUCUGUCAACUUGAAUUUCCUUAGAACAGAAGCACUGUCAUUUUAUAAAGUGCCUUUUGUGGUGUGUUUUUGUAUCAGACUCCUGCUAUCUCAGGAUCGGUUGCCAUUCGUGCAGUACAGUGGAGGCGCGUUCUCUCGUUGCCCCCCUGCGCUCCUCAAACCAGCCCUGCCUGUCUCUCUCCUCUCCCCUUCACAGUGGUGCAGAUGAACAACCCCAGCAGCCAGUCCCAGGAGGGAAGGACACAACCAGGGCAGACUAUCGGAUAUCAUAACCCAAUGAAUUAUGGCCUAAAAGAAGCCAAUAUGAGUUGUUGUGGGGAAGACAACCCUCUUCUCCAAGGACCUGCUCAGUUUGACUCUCACAAGCAUCACCUGUCAACACGCUGACAGUGUGUGAGACCAUUUUUAUACAUGUGGGGGUUUUCUAAUUUAGUGGAGAAUGCCUGCCUUUCCUCUGUGGACUCAUGAGUUUAGGAGCCUUUAUGUUGAGACGCUUGCCUGCCCUGUAUGGUUUUGUGUUGCUUUCUCCACAGUGUAAAGCUUAUGUAGGCAUGAUCUGAUUAGUCAGACAGUGUAAGAAGGUGGAACUUGAAAUGACAUGGAACAAAGGCAUCUGAGAAAAAAAUUUUGUCGCCUUGAACAUUCCCAUUUUUAUAGGCCAACAAAACUAUUAAAAGGUGCAUGAUUUUUUUUCCAAAAUGUUUUACUUAAAGCACUUGUUACUAUGUGGUGAGAAUGUGAAAAUAGUCAGCAGAAACAAUAUGAAUAUACUCUGUAUAAAGACACUGAGAAAAUAAAAAUACUGUAAGAUACCUAUUUUUGAAGUAUUGAUGACAUAAAAGUUGCUGCUCUUUCUCUAGCUCUUCAUUGGGCUUAGGGGAUUUUUGGCCCGUUCAUUUUUAAUAUGUGGAUAUUUUUGUUUCUUUGUCUUCUGUUGAAGCAUAAUUCCAUUUUUUAAGAUGCCUGCUUAUUAUAUUUUGCUUGUUUUUUUUUCUUUUGAGAUUGUUUUCUAAAAACGCUGUCCUUUUAUAUGUGAAAACACAGCCUUCCCCUUUCACUCUGUAUUGUCUCUGACAGACAUGUUCCUCCUGAUGGCCUCUGGCCUCGGGAGAGAGGAAGGUUCAUUAGCCAUGCCUGCUGAUAGUUGUUCUAUUAUUCAGUGUCCUGGAAUUAUUUUAAUCAUUCAUCUAGAUACUGGAUGUGUGCUUCAGAAAAUAAACAAGACAUGUUUUGAAAA